AUGGUGGCGCUGGCGUCGGCCGAGCAGAUGCAAUGGGUACCGUACGGGAAUCUUCAAGCUUACAAUCUACAGGAAGAUCAGCAGGUUCAACCAAGCGAGUUCUCAGGAGGCUAUAACUUCGGUGAUGAAGGCAGUUCUUUAGGAGAUCACGGGAGUUCCGGUCAUGAUUUCGGUGGACAAAGUUACGGCGGCCAUGAUUUCGGAGGCCAUGAUCUUAAAGCACAUUCAUAUCCAGUUCAUCAACACGUAGAAGAAGAAAAUCCUGAACCUGUUAAGCAUUACAAAGAGAUAGUCGUACCUGUACAUAAGAAUGUGGAGUUUAAAAUCAACCAGCCUGUCUUGAUUCCUGUACCGCAUCCGGUCCCUAUCCAAGUGCCGGUUCCUAAAGCGGUUGUUAUACCUAUUAUUAAAGAGGUAUCGAUUCCAGUUGAGAAAUCGGUUCCCUAUCCAGUGGAGAAGACAGUUCAUGUACCAAAAUUCAAGAGUGUCCCAUUCGAGGUUGUGAAACAUAUUCUUGUUCCAGUGGAGAAACCAAUACCUUUCAAAGUUCCUGUAUAUGAAACGAUUAUUCAUACGAAGAAGGGAUCCCAUAAGAUUUAA